CGGAGGGCUUCGUCAAGCUCCGGUUUCGUGCAGAGGAUGCUAGAGAUUGAGCGAGAGGAUGGCAAGAAGCGGCUUCUUCGGCUCACUGUGGACAGUGGCGGAUGCUCGGGGUUCCAGUAUAACUUUAGCUUGGAUGAGAAAGCCCAGUCGGACGAUCGUGUUUUUGAGAAAGAUGGUGCGACGCUGGUGGUGGAUGGAAUCUCUUUCGACUUUGUAAAAGGCUCUACGGUAGAUUUUACGGAAGAACUUAUGCGCUCGUCGUUUAUGGUUACGUCCAACCCCAACGCAUCCGCUGGCUGUGGUUGUGGAGCUUCUUUCGUCCGUAAACCAUAGAUGGUUCUAUAAUAGAGAAAAAGGAAACGAAUUUUGUCCCAGCAUUGGUGGAGUCUGAGCACGCGUGUAGAUAAGUUUGGAUUGACAGUUUGACACUUCUGUGUUGUAGGAAAACUGUCUGGCUUAAUGGCAGCAGUUUAGAUC